UGUGGUCAAUGUUUGAAGUAGUUUCGUUUUCUUGUUUAUUUUUUUGUCUUUAAUCUGGUUUACUUAAUCUCUUUGUCUCAAUAUUGUUCUGAUUAAAUUGGUGUGUCUUUUUUUGUUGUCAUUGAAAAACGAUUUAAUUGUCAACUUAUUGUUUGUUUAAAUAAUAAAAUGUCCGAGCGACUUGAGAUUAAAGAGUGGAAUCCCGAUGUUUGUGCUCAAAUUCAACCUCAACCUGAAGAAACUGUUGAGCCGCAGUCGAAUCGUGGUUUAAACAGUAAUCCAGAAGUGAAAGCAAUUGAUCCGCUAUUUAAUCACAAUUGGAAUCAUACAACUAAAAUUACAAACAUUCCCUGGGGUGGGGAGGCUGAAUUCUCUCAAGAAAAUGAGACAAAACCCACGGUGAGAAGGGAACAACCUCAAGCAAAAUAACAUCAAAUAUGUCAUUUGGAUUUAAGAAAGCAACGGAUCGUGGACAAUGGAUAAUCAUUUAAUUGUAGAAAAUGUCAAAUUUACAGAUAAUUAUUCGAAAUCAUCUCAUUAUAAAACCAUUUUUAAAGAACAACAUUUUAAAUUAACAAACAUCAACAAGAUGGAAAACCUCAAAUCAGCCAAACGUGAAGGAAACACAAUGUUAUUUAAGAAAGAAAAUCUAAUUUACUAUAAAAGACAAGUGAAUUAGUUAAAUAACCAAUUCUCAAAAUCUCAAAUGAUUAACAUUACAAAUGAGAAAACAACAACAAGAUCAACUUACCUUUGAUGCCGUUGAUGUGAUGGUUAAAGACAAUUAAGACAUUUGAUUAAUCAUAAUUGAAGGAGAAAAAGAAGAUGAAGAAAAAAAUUAAUAUUAAUUUUUUACAUCCAAUUGAUUAAAAGAUGAUUAGAAUCACAUGAAAUUGUAAAAAUUAUUCCAGUUAAUUGUGAUGCUGAAAGUGAUUACAAAAUUAACCAUUCCAUUAAUAUUUAAAGUGAUCAUAGUAAUCAAAUUAUACCAUGUAACUUAUAUAUAAUAUUUAAUGUUAACCACCAAUAAUCAACUUUAAUCCUGAUUGAACAUGAAAUAAUCAAGUUGAUUGUGGAGCAAAAUUUUUCUCCAAUUUAAUCAGCAAAUUAUUUUGAUGAUGAUUGAUCAACUAAUCAAUUAAUCGAGAAAGAGGUUGUUGUCAUUUAGGAAGGAAAAAAAAAAGAUGCGAAGACAAAAAUCAAAGUUAGAAUCAAAUUAAAUGAUUUGUAAAGGUUUUUCAAUUAAUUGUGAUUAGAAAUCGAACCAAAUCAAAUUGAUUGCGAUGAUUAAUCGACGAUAAUCAAGAGAGAAAAAUAAUUUUUUCGACAUAAUUAAACUGCGAACCUUUUUCAUCGGUCUCUAUGGUUUCCUGGAACAAUUCAUUCUCUCCGAUUGUUAUCCCUUCAUCAUCUUCAUCAUCAUCAUCAUUUACUAAUCAUAUUUAUCUUCAUCAUCUUCGAGUUGUGAGAGUGAGCAGAAAGAAGAUGAAGAUGAGGAUGAAAAAGAAAGACAAGUUAGUGAGUCUGAUUCACUCUUCUCUCCAUCAUCAACCUUGUGUGUUGAUUUUUCUCCAUUUAAUUAUUUUUUCUUCUUCUUUUUUUCGGUUUAUUGUUUUAAUUGUGAUUCUUUUUAAUUCUCUAAAUUGUGUAACAAUAUUAAUUCCUUAUUUUUCUCAUCAUCAUCUUCCUUUAUCAUCAUCUCGGUGUUUCGAUUUGGUUUCUCUCUCUCUCUCUUUUCAUCUUUAUCCAAUUCGAGUGUGUAUAUACAUGUUCAACCUCCUAUUCGCCAAUUAAUGAUAUCAUGAUUGUAACAAUUAAAAGAUGAUCAUCCUGUUUUUCAUUCUAAUCUAUUUUAAUUGUCACCUAAUUGUUAUCAAUGGAUUGGUGGUAACUGAGAUCUCGUUUCUUUCCGCCGGUGGUAAAAAUGAUUACGUUCUGACCGGUCAAGAUUUUACCGUUAGAUGUGUUCACCUAUUGGAAAAAGUUAAUGAAAUUGUCCAAACAAUUGAGAUAUUAAAAGAUGGAGAUCAGGUAUACGAACACAAUUUAGAAACCAAUGAGACUCAAUUAAAUGGUAUUUUCAAAAACGCUGUUGAUUUAAUCAAAUCAUCAUCAAGUAGCAUCCAUGUUAGAAAUGCAACAAUCUCCAUGCAUGGUAACUACACAUGUAAAGUUAAAAGUCAAAUUUCCUGUUCUUCACAAUCAGCUAAUUUAAUUGUGAUUAAUGAUGCCUGUAAAGAAAGUGAUUGGUCCACUCGAAGUGAUAUGAUCCAUUGCCUUGAACGAAUUGAUCUUCAAUGUACUGGGAUGUUUCCUAAGCCUUCACCCUCUUGUGGUGUUUAUGAGCAAAAUUCAGGUCGAUAUAUAACCGCCGAACCUAUUACCAUCCUCCGAAAGCAAAGUGAUGGAACUUAUGAUCUAUCAAUGUCCCAUAGAUACUCAGCUGAAGAUUAUUCAGAAAGAAAAGGUUCCUUCCUGUUCCGUUGUAUGUUAACCAUUAUUGGUACAACUUGGUCUCGAGUUAUUAAUAGUAAACUUUUCUCACGUCGAGAUUGUCCCGAUCCACCUCGAAUAGCCAAUGGUCAAUAUAAUGUCACUCAACGUAAAACUUGCUGGAAUACACCAACGGAAGGUUCAAUUGCAACCUACUAUUGUUCACCCAAUUACACCCUCUCUCAUUCAGGAAUCUUGGUUUGUGUUGAUGGUACCUGGAGACAGGUAACUGGUCAUCAUCAUCAUCCUAAUACUAAUCAUCUACCUGAGGAUGAUAUUAAUUUAACUACAUUACAAUUUUUACCUGUUCAAGAUUCACAAUUACCAACUUGUAAUAUAUCAUCAAUAUCUUCACUGGCCAUCAGUUUAAUCAUCUUGGUCACUUUAAUUCAUCUUAAUCAAAUCAAAUUAUUAUCUUAACAUUUAAUCAACACUUAAUUACACAAACAACAAUUAAACAAUCCCCCAAUUGCCUAAUCCCUUUCCCCUUUUAAUCAUUAAUCUAAAUCCUAGUUUCUAAAUAAUGUUGAUCCAGAUAAUUAAUGAAUGUAAGUUAAUCAUUAUCAUCAAACAAUUAAUGAUCAACAAUUGGACAAUUAAUUAUGGAUCAGCCGGAUCGUGCAAUUAACUUCAUCCAAAAUCCCAAAAUCGAUUGGACAAUUAAACUAAAUCAGUUAAUUGUCCCUUGACCAUUGGAGCUUAGUCUUUACCUAAUUUCUAAUUGUUUAAUCAGUCCCAACAAUUAGAAAUCUCUUCAUCUUCAUCAUCAUCAACCCUUUUAAUCAACCCAACAAAUCAAUUGAUUUUAUUUACAUAAUUAAGAUCAUUUAUAUAUUACAGAUUUAGCUAAUUAACUUAAUUGUCCAAAAAUCGAAAUGAACUUUAAUUUGAUUGCUGCUAUUAAUUUUAUCUAGAAAAAAAUAAAAUCUAAUCAACUUGAUUAUUGAUUAUUAUUCUUGAAAGGAA